CAGAGCCGUUAAAAGAUAUAUAAUUAUUAACCCACAAGUACCCAAGAGUGUAUCUUAUUCUUUAAUAACCAAAUCUAACUAGGUUUCACUAACUAAAAAGGCGGCAAAAAAAGGAAAAAAAAAAGAAGUAAAUUAAGAACUCAGAUCCCGGUAGGGGGCGGUAGUGCGCUGAGUGUUUGCCGUAGAAGAAGAGCGUUUGUUUACAUGGAGGGGGAGGAAGUGUGACAAAGGUGAUGAAACGUUGUUAACUGGAUGGAAGUCUAGUUUCAAAGUUCAGUCUGCACAGAAGUGCGACAUCUUCACGUAUUCGAUCGACACCAUGGCUCAGUACACUCGCGUUUCGGGCUCUGUGGGCUUGAUUACCCUCCAAAGUCCCCCCGUUAAUGCACUCAGUGCAGCGGUGAGGCAAGGCAUCGUCGACAUGAUGCAGAGAGCGCUCAGUGAGCCAGAAGUGAAGUCUGUGGUCAUCUGUGGCCAGAAUGGAAUAUUCUGUGGGGGAGCAGACAUCAAGGAGUUUGGGAAAAAUAUGUCUGGGCCUCCACUGAUACCAAUGAUCCACGCCAUCGAGGCUGCUUCCAAGCCUGUGGUGGCAGCUAUAGAGGGGAUCGCUUUAGGAGGAGGCCUUGAGUUGGCUCUUGGCUGUCAUUAUCGGAUUGCACACGCUAAAGCCAGAGUGGGUCUUCCAGAGGUGACUCUGGGUCUGCUGCCAGCUGCAGGGGGCAGCCAACGUCUGCCGAGGCUCAUCGGUGUCCCAGCUGCCUUGGACCUCAUCACCACAGGUCGCCACGUGACUGCUGCCGAGGCACUGAAACUUGGAAUAGUGGAUCAGGUUACUGAUCACAACACUGUGAAUGUAGCUGUGAAGUUUGCAAAGAGAGUUGCAGGACAGUCGCUGGAUCCACGGCGUAUAAGCACGUAUCCGUGCCCCUGCCCCUCUGAUGCGGAUGCGCUUUUUGAGAAAGCAAUGCAGAAGGUGCGCCGGGCUGCCCGUGGAGCCAUAGCACCAGUUGCGUGUGUCCAGGCGGUGCGUGCGGCGGCCACCCUGCCCUACAAUCAGGGAAUGGAACGAGAGAAAGAGCUGAUGGCCACUCUCUUCACCUCAGGCCAAGCCCGCGCUCUACAGUACUUUUUCUUUGCACAGAGAGCCGUCGGCAAGUGGAGCAUGCCCAGUGGAGCCCGCUGGGAAACAAGCAAGCCCAGGCCUGUACAUAAAGCAGCUGUGAUUGGUCUUGGCACAAUGGGAAGAGGCAUAACUGUGGCCCUUGCACAGGCAGGGCUGUCUGUGGUAGCUGUGGAGGCUCAAGAGAAGCAGCUGAUGGAGGCAAAGCAGGCGAUAUCAGGCAUGCUGGAGCGAGGGGCUAAGAGAAGCGGGGUCGCUCCUGCUCUAGAUAAAGUCAGUUACAGCCAUAACAUCCAGCCUGUAGCAGAUGUCGACCUGGUCAUCGAAGCUGUGUUUGAGGACAUGGCUCUGAAAAAGAAGGUCUUUCAGCAGCUGUCCGCUGUUUGUAAACCAGGCACAUUCCUGUGCUCAAACACCUCUGGAUUAGACAUUGACCACCUGGCGUGUCAAACCCGCCAUCCAGAGCUGGUGGUUGGGAUGCACUUUUUUGCUCCUGCCCAUGUCAUGAAGUUGCUAGAGGUGGUUUAUGGGCCAAAAUCCUCUCCUCAUGCUGUGGCCACUGCCAUGCAGCUGGGAAAGAAAAUCGGGAAAGUGAGCGUGGCAGUUGGAAACUGUCGGGGUUUUGUGGGGAACCGCAUGCUGAAGCCGUACUUAGAACAAGCCCUCUUCCUGUUGGAAGAGGGAGCCUCACCUGAGUUUGUGGAUCAAGUGCUGGAGGAGUUUGGGUUUGCCAUGGGUGUGUUUAGAGUGUCUGACCUCUCUGGGCUUGAUGUGGGUUGGAGAGUCAGGAUGGCAGAUGGUCUGGCACAGCCUGACCCAACAACAGGGCAGCCAGUGAGAGUCCGACAAGGUCGCAGAUACAGUCCCCUGGGAGACCUGCUCUGUGAGCAGGGACGGUUUGGUCAGAAAACAGGCAGAGGAUGGUAUCAGUACGAUAAACCUGGCAGUCAGGUGGCUAAGCCUGACCCUUGGUUGCACAGCUUCCUGGAUGAGUACCGAACCCGGCAUGGCUUGGUGGCACGCCGCAUAGACCACCAGGAGGUGCUGGAGCGUUGUCUCUAUUCCCUGAUCAAUGAGGGCUUCCGCAUCCUGGAGGAUGGAAUAGCUGCAGGGCCCGAAGACAUCGACGUCAUCUAUGUGUUUGGCUACAGCUGGCCCAGACACCGUGGAGGCCCCAUGUUCUAUGCUGCUACGGUAGGGCUAAACAGGGUCCUGCAGCGGCUCGAGCACUACCACCAGGCUCACCCUGAUGUGCCCAGCCUGCAGCCCUGCCGCUUGCUCAGGAAGCUGGUGGCCGGCGGUAGCCCACCUAUCCACAAGUGGAGGGAAGUCAUCAAGAAAGUCCAUAGCCAGCUGUAAACGCAUUUCAACUUUUUUAAUGCAGUUAUCUGAAUUUAUAAGCUAAUUAAAUGUUAAUUUUUCUAACCAAA